GUGUCAAUAGCAAAAUAAAACAAUCAAUACGAUUAGAAAUUUUCGAAAUUUUGUAUAAUCGAACUUCAACCAAAUUUAUCAAGUAAUUCGUGAAAAACCAAAUGACUCUUGUGCAACACUAAGCACUAUUCAAUCCAAUAUGACGGAGGCUCCACUGCAAGAUGAUCGAAGACUUUGGAUCGGUAACCUGGAUUGCCGUGUCACUGAAAAAUUGCGCAAAAAUGCGGGAAAAUCGAAAAGUUUGAUAUGCUAUUUCAUCGAUCCGGGCCAAUGGCUGGAUAUCCACGCGGGUAUGCAUUCGUGACAUACGAGAAGCAACGCGAUUCGGAAUCAGCAUUAGGGUUCCUUAACGGGAAAUUGGUGGGAGACAAGCACAUGGUUGUCCGGUGGGCGAAAAACGUUAACCGUGACGAUAUGGAAAAAACUAAGCCAAAAAUACAAAUUCCAGCAUUAGCUGGGGGCUCAAAAACCAGCAGCGGCGGGCUGGCUAGCCAGCAGACCAAAAUUCAAGCACUCGAAGCGAAACUCAAGUUAAUGGAGAGCAGGUCAGAUGAUCUGGUAAUAAACAAGAGCAUCACUGGAGAGAAGCCGAUUAUUGAAAAAUAUCAGUACAACAAAAACCCGCAGCUACAACAGCAACGAACGGACUCCAAACUCAAACGAAACUUAAACCGUGGUGGAAGAAGUGGCCCCUAUAAAUCUAGUCGUUUUAAAUGAGGUCUGUAAAAUAAUGAAGUAUUAGAAAGUCAAAAAUCUGCAAGGGAUUCCUUCCGAACUAUCUCAUCAUCAUGUGUGUGUGUUCUCUCAGAAAGUGUAGUUUUGUCAUCAUUUACCAAUUUUAGCUAAUGAUCGUGUUUUAAAAUUUAACUUAAUGAACUAAGCAACCACUAUUGUUUUUAAUAAAAGCAUUAAACUGAUA